UGGCGGAACCGAUUUUGAGAGCGGUGGGGAAGCGUUUCCAGAGAGGACCGGGGAAAGGAAGUGUGUUACACCAUUGAGAGGACUCACUCCCGGCUCUCGCGGGGACGGCGCCAAUUCCCUGGAAUUUGGGCUGCUCCUGUUGGGCCUGAGCCUUUGAGUCACGGGUGACAGGUGGAGGCAACCUCAGGCUCCGGACCCGUUUGUUCCGGCGGGGAACUGGACGGGCCGACUUUGGACGCCGCCCUUUCUCAGUUCUUGCUGACCUUGGGCCAGGGUCGGAGCCGAUGGCGGCUUGGGCUGUUGUCAGCCGGAGCAGGAUCGCUGCACCACGCUUACGGGCGCUGGGCCCUAGAGUCUGGGUGGCUCUUCCGUUCGUCUCCCCGAGCUCCCAGCGUUGUCCCCCGGGCUGUAGCCCAGCUCUGGGCCGGACGCUGCACCUCACCACGGCGGCCCCUGCCGGGCACAACAAGUGGUCCAAAGUCCGACACAUCAAGGGUCCCAAGGACACUGAGAGGAGUCGCAUCUUCUCCAAGCUUUGUUUGAGCAUCCGCCUAGCGGUUAGAGAAGGAGGACCCAACCCUGAGUUCAACAGCCAGCUGGCCCACAUCUUAGAGGUGUGUCGGCAAAAGCACAUGCCCAAGUCAACGAUUGAGGCGUCGCUGAAAAUGGAGAAAACCAAGGGCAUUUAUUUGUUGUAUGAGGGUCGAGGCCCUGGUGGCUCAUCUCUGCUCAUUGAGGCAUUAUCUAACAGUGGCUCGAAGUGCCAUUCGGACAUCAAACACAUCCUGAACAAAAAUGGAGGAAUGAUGGCUGAAGGAGCUCGCCACUCCUUUGACAGAAAAGGGGUGAUCGUGGUUGGAGUAGAGGACAGAGAGAAGAAAGAAGUGAACCUAGAGCGUGCCCUGGAGCUGGCGAUUGAAGCAGGAGCUGAGGAUGUCAAGGAAACUGAAGACGAAGAGGAAAGAAGCAUUUUUAAAUUUAUUUGUGAUGCCUCUUCACUGCAUCAAGUAAGGAAGAAGCUGGACUCCCUGGGCUUGUGUCCUGUGUCCUGUACAUUAGAGUUCAUCCCUAACACAAUGGUGCGGCUGGCUGACCCUGACCUGGAGCAGGCGGCGCAUCUCAUCCAGGCUCUUGGUAACCAUGAGGACGUGAUCCAGGUCUAUGAUAACAUUGAAUAAGCAGACUGUACGUGCCCUCCAGCUCCUUCCUAGGCAACUGGCAGCUUGUUCCAGAGCACAGGCUUCGGCAGUGUCUUCCAAACCUGAAACAGGUCUUCUAAGCCUAGCAGGUUUAGAUGCGGAAGUCCUGAAGCUUUGUAGACACAGGGAUCCCUGUACUUCUCUUGGGCCUCUUUGUCAGCUCUGUGGGUGUGUCACAGCCCUCCUGGAUGAGUCCCCUCACUCCCUCCUGAAUGCAGAGUGGGGCUAGUCAGCUGGUUAAACUGUGGUCUCAGGAGGUUGGUCCUUCCAGGGAUGGUAGGUGCUGUGAGGGCCCAUGUACUAAACUCUUAAGUAAUAACAGUGAUUGAUCUCAGUUGCUGCAUUGUUGUUCUUUGGCGCUUGAGUUUUCCUGGGUUUGGGUCCAGCUGUUGGGACCUUCUUGACUUCCUUUCAAGAAUAUAGGCCUAGUUCCACUAGUCCAAUCCCAGGACUGUUGUUUAUGUUUUUUGAUUGACUAUAGAAAUGUAGCUCUUUCCAGGUUACUCUGUGCUUUAAUGCUGGUCUAAUGGCCUAAACCUGCCAUUCAUCCAUCCAACAGGUAUUUAUCAAACACCAGAAACUCUACUCCAGCCAAGAACGUACCAGGAACUACUUACCAAGAGCACUAGCUGUUCAAGUGGUGCGCUGUGUUAGAUCCUACCCUAAGACAUAGGACCUCAGGGGGAAGACACAGGACUGCUCUCCUCUGGAGUUGUCUCAGGGCAGUGCAAGCUGCUGUGCAUGCAUCCUUUAUGUGGCUUCUGUGCCCUUCUUUUGCAAGGGAUCUUAUGGCUCUGGCCCAGAGGAAAUCAAGUGCCAAUGACAGACUCCCAGGCCUUGCUUUGCCCAGGCUCCUGUGUUUUCUGAGAUUUGUCAGAGCGAACCAGUCAGCAGAUUAGACUACUCUCAGAAAAGGUCAUAUCAAACUGGUGUUGAAAGCUGCUUGGUUUCCAGAAUGCCCAGCCCUAGCUCCUCUUUGUCCCUGAUGUCAGAUGAUGGGGUACUGGGAAGUGGAGAGGAAAUGAGAAGAGAAGAGUGAAGGCUGGUCAGGUUGAAAGUAGAGCCCUUGGUGCCUUUUGCUUCUAAGAGUCACUUCUGGGUUUGGAGAGACCAGGAGUGCCAACCACCUGUGCUGGAGUCCAUCAAGCAUAUCAAGCCUGGAGUGGCUUUUUGAUCCCUGCUGUUCAGCUACUUAUAAGUGGAGGGAGGUGAGGGAGAGAAGCAUUGAUGUGAGAGAGGUCGAUUGGCUGCCUCUUGCACAUAUGCUACUGGGGACCUGUCCCACAACCCAGGCGUGUGCCCUGACUGGGAAUUGAACUGGCAACCUUUUCAGUUCGCAGGCUGGCACUCCAUCCACUGAGCCACACCAGCCAAGGCUAAUAGAUAGAAUUUGUUAAUGUGGAUUCUUGUGUAACCUAUUUUCUUACAUCAGGGCAUACUAGAUGGCUCUGCACUGACCUCUGGUGGUGCCUUAGAGUCUUGCCUGCAGCUAAUAUGGGAAAGGCAGAAAUGAAACCUAACUUGGACUUGUUCUGCCUCUAGAUCUGUUAAAGAGAUCCUUAGGUACAUAGGUUAGUUAAAUAACUAUUUAACUGAAUACUCACCUAAGAAAGGUAUGAGUUAUUCUGCCACUAGAUGUUCUUUUUCAAAGAAUAUUUUAUGUCAAAAAAUAUUUACAAUAUAAUGUUAAAUGGAAAACAGAGGUGCAAAUUAUAUGUAUUGUGUGGUCCAAAUUUUAAAAUACGCAUCAUACCAUUGAAAAAGGUCUUUUUAAAAGAGACUAAAAGGAAUUGUACGAAAAUGUCAAAACUGGUUAUCUCUAGACGGUGAUGUUAUAACAGUUUUAUUUUCUAUAAUCAUGUAUUUUAUCAGGGGAAGCAUUUUUGGGGGGAUUUUAUUAUUGAUUGAUUGAUUGAUUGAUUUUCAGAGAGGAAGAAGGGAGGGAGAAAAAGAGGGAGAGAGACAUCGGUGUGAGAGAGAAACAUCAAUUAGCUGCCUCUCAUAUUGGAUCCAACCCACAACCCAAGCAUGUGCCCUAACUGGCAAUUGAACUGGCAACCUUUUGCUUUGCAGAAGAAUGCCCAACCAACUGAACCACACCAGUCAGGAUCAGGGGAAACAUUUAAAAACAAAAACAAAAAACUAGUCACUUUAUUGUCCAACUAGGAAGACAGCAUGUCUUGAAAUCAAAAAAGAUAAGUGUAUAGCUGGUGUGUGACUGGGCUGUCUAAUGGGACCAGCACUUUCUGAUGCCCUAGCACGAGGGACAGCUCAUGAUUCUUGGAUUCAGAUAUGGCUCAGAUGCUUAACCAGGGACAUCUAUUCAGUGUAAAACCAGGGGAACAGAGUUGAGAAGGCAUGGCCCAGCUGGAAGGCUUCUUAGGGGGAAAUGAAGAGUGAGCAGAGAAACGGCAUAGAAAGAGAUAAAAUACAUGGGUAAAAGUAUACACUUGUGGAAGUUUACUUUCUAUUUGCUAAUAUCCCCAUUUGAGAUUCACUUAGUUAUUCAACAAACAUUUUUUUAAAUGCUAUGAAAGAUGCUAGGCAUGCUCACUUGAAUAAGUUUCUGCCUUGAUGUUUACUUAAAGGCAACUACAUAUAAUAGAGUAGGACAAGUGCUUUGAAGAAGGAAAUACUAGGUGCUAUGGUAGUCCAAGAGAAGCUGCUGAAUAGGUCUUUGGAAACAGGCUAUGAAGUAGGUACCUCAUUUCUACUGGCACAAAUGUGUCUUUUUAAAAAUAUUUAUCUCAGGCCAAUAAAAUCAAGGGUUAGAUUUGAGCUUCAUAUUGGCAGAUUAUGACCUCCAGCAAAAAUAUAUGAUACUCAUUCUCAACACAGUGAUAUCCCCAAAGGGGUGAUAGUUUGUGUUUUAUUCUGGGUGAAAAGAGAUUCUUAAUAGGUAAAAAUAAACUUAGAUAAUACGAUGGUGUGUUAUUUCAAAGCUCAACCCUCCUUGACAAAACCUUAUUCCUUAAUCUUUAAUCUCUCUAAUCAGAAAGAAUUUAAAUUUAAUUAAGUUGAUGUGAUUAAAAAAAAAAAAAGUUGAGAAAUACUGGCCUAGUGCAAAAACAUAGCUUUGGAUAUCAGAUAUACCUGGUAUGAAUCCUGACUCUACCACUUGUACACGGUACUUAAGUUCUCUGAGCUUCAUUUUCAUCAUUUAAAUGCCAAUAGUAUUACUGACCUCAUAAUUAUUAGGAAGACUGAAUGAGAGGAUAUAUCUGGCAUAUAGCAAAUGACUGAUAUUAAUUUUCUUUUCCCUAUACUCUCUUUCCUUCACAGAAAAAAAGAGAUUAUUAUAAUUAAGGAACUACAAUAAAUUGGGCAGGGAUCUAAUCAGGAGGGAAAAUGACAGUCUUAAAAGUUUGAGAAAACAGGACAAGAGGACUGAUAAAUAUUGAGGUGGGGGUGUAAAUAUAGGAGUCUGAGGUAAUUCUUGAGACCUGACACCUACAGCAAAGCCACCACUCAAGGUUUUUAGUUGACAGUUGAAAAUCGCACCUGAGGAAGAUUAUCCUGACAUCUCAUUUCAUGGCACUUGGGACAAAAAGAGAGCCCUUAUUGUGGUGGACUUGGAAUCUGAAGAUCUGGGCAUACAAAAUGUUUGAACAAUGGGGUUUGGGUAAAUUAACUACGGUCACUCUCUAUUUUGAAAUACCAUGCAGCCAGUACAAUUGUUUUGGAACAAUAUUCAUUGGCACGGGAAAACAUUUAUAAUAAAAUGUAAG